AUCUCUCUCUCUCUCUCUCUCUCUCUCUCUCUCUCUCUCCAUUUUAGACCGAUCUGUUCUUCGCCAUUGGCCAUUACCAACGGAAACAGUUCACGCAUAGAGGAUUAGAGGGGAGAACGAGGGAGGAGGAAAGGGAAAAAAAAAAUGGCGAAUUCGAAACCCUAAAAACCCUACCCACCCACCACGUCCGAAUCCCACCUCGAAAACCCUAGCGAGAUCAAUGCCGCCAUUGCUGCUGCGUUCGGAGCUUCCGAGGAGGAGAUCGCGCCUUAGCUGAGGCGGGAUUGAGAGGAGCGGGGGCGAUUUUGGGGUGGGUGGGGGGGUUGGGGUUAGAAUUAGGGUUUUUUUUAAUAUCUCUUCCGCGGUGGAGGCGUGGAGGCGGAGUUGGAUGGUGAUGGGCGCCGCGGGUUCCAAGCUCGAGAAGGCCCUCGGCGACCAGUUCCCAGAGGGCGAGCGAUACUUCGGCCUCGAGAACUUCGGGAACACCUGUUACUGUAACAGCGUCUUGCAGGCGCUUUAUUUUUGUGUCCCAUUUCGCGAGCAACUACUGGAGUAUUAUGCAAAUAACAAAAACAUGGGAGAUGCAGAAGAGAAUCUGCUAACAUGCUUGGCAGACCUAUUCACUCAGAUCAGCUCCCAGAAAAAGAAAACAGGCGUUAUUGCUCCAAAGCGUUUUGUGCAAAGAGUGAAGAAGCAAAAUGAGAUUUUUCGAAGCUACAUGCACCAGGAUGCUCACGAAUUCUUGAACUUCUUGCUGAAUGAACUAGUCGACAUUCUCGAGAAAGAGUCUAAUGCUACAAAAACAUCUCCUGAAGCCUCAUCAUCGAAAAAGCUUGCAAACAGCCCGAAUCAUAAUCUACCCAAUGGCACCCACAAGGAGCCUCGUGUUACAUGGGUGCACACAACUUUUCAGGGCAUAUUGACAAAUGAAACGAGGUGCUUACGAUGUGAAACUGUCACUGCAAGGGAUGAAACAUUUUUCGAUUUGAGCCUCGACAUUGAGCAAAAUACUUCAAUUACUAGCUGCCUCAAAAAUUUCAGCUCAACGGAGACUUUGAAUGCUGAGGACAAGUUCUUCUGCGACAAGUGUUGCAGCUUGCAAGAAGCCCAGAAAAGAAUGAAAAUUAAGAAGCCACCAAACAUCCUCGUCAUUCACCUCAAGCGCUUCAAGUACAUCGAGCAGCUCGGCCGUUACAAGAAGCUGCUUUAUCGAGUAGUUUUUCCCUUAGAGCUUAAGCUUAGCAACACCAUCAGCAAUGCAGACUCUGAAUACUCUCUUUUUGCCGUUGUUAUCCACGUGGGCGGUGGGCCUAACCAUGGCCACUACGUCAGCAUCGUUAAAAGCCACAACCAUUGGUUGUUCUUCGAUGAUGAGAAUGUGGAGAUGAUCGAUGAGUCUGCAGUACAAACAUUCUUUGGGUCAGCACAGGAAUAUUCUAGUAACACCGAUCAUGGGUACAUCCUCUUCUACGAGAGCACCGGUGGAAGGAGUUGACUCAAAAUAUCUCCUUUUUAGACGGUGCGGGAGCAAAAUUCCUCUUGACCCUGUUUCCAUUAAUUUUACCCCCCUUCUUUUUCAGGAACCAGAGGGUAAAGUCCAACCUAAUUGUGUUAGCACAAGUUUUACUGUGUUUGACAAUAAAGCAACAGUUGAAGAGAUGGGAAAGAGGUAAUCUCUUGUACUCUUCACAAAGAACUGGUAUCUAUGGUAGAAGAUUUUUAGUUGUACCUACUAGUAGUUUUUAUGGGACAUAUAUGGUGCUUGUAUAUGUUAUCAGGAAAUUUUGACUUCUUUUUUUUUUUGGUUUUUGAUUUCUCAAUAAUUUCUUCCCAAGACUAAGGUUGUAAAGCUUCUAUCUUCCAAAGCUCAUGGCUUUGAAUUGCAAUUUUGUUUCCGAGCCUGCUCGCUGCUUAUUUCAAAUUCUUAUUGUUGUAAUUGGUGUUUGCAUUAUUAAGCAGAGUAUUUAGUUUCCCCUUAA